AUGGAGGGUGAGCCAUCCUCUGGUGCCUCCAAGGCCAACCCGUCUGCUAACCCGAGCGAAACGCCGGUCCGCGUCAAGGCUGUUCAAAGCGCGUCUUACAUGGAAGGCAACCUCGAUGCAGCUCGCAAAGCUGUGAUGAAAGAUCUUGGGACGACCGCACCGGAGGUCGACGCUGACUUCUUCCAGACAUACCUCCUUCCUCGGCUUCCCGUAGGCGUUGACAUCAACCAGUUAGUCAACGAACUCCACAAAAAAGAUAUCAAAGGAAACCGUUGGGUGGCAUUCCAAAAGGAUCCAAAAAAUAUCCGCGGGAACGAGGACGCCUGCUUCAAUCCUCUCGAAACUGUGGCAGCAGCCAUCGCGAAGGUCGCAAGCACGAUGACACGCAAGAAACAGCUACUCCAAUUUGCCCAGAACCCAGACAAAGCGCCCGAGUCCAAGACGAGGACGUCGAAAAGUCGCCCGGAUGGAUGUUUCAUGCUCAAGUCACGGUAUAAGCGUAGCCUGCGAUGGAUGGACAUCGCGCUUUCCGCUGAAUACAAGAAAGAAGAGAACGUUAAAACUAAGGAUGAUCUGUGGCAGGAUGUUCGAAAGGUAAUCUGGAGCAUGCAUCACUGUAUGCGGGAGGAUGCGAGACGUCGGUUCACCUAUGGACUCACGAUUGAAAAUAGGACGAUGCGGAUGUGGUUCGGCAGCCGCACAGAGCUGCUUGUCAGUAAACCGAUUGAUUUCAUGUCGGAACAUCACAAGGUCGCUCAUUUCUUCGUCGCAAUGAUGUAUGCGGAUGAGCAUGAGGCGGGCUGGGAUCCCACAAUGCGAUACGUGCGCAAGAAGAACGGGAAGAACGACGAGCUUGAACUGGACAAAGAGGAUAAACCCCGGCUCGACAUCGAUGUCCGAGAUCAAGAUGGAACAGUCGUACGAUAUCGGACGAUAAGAUGGUUAUCAGACGAUGGCGCAAAUGAUCUGCGAAGCAGGGGUACGCGUGUCUGGGAGGUGUGCAUAUUCGACAAGAACAAGGAAGGUGUCGAUCGCUUCGCUCUCAAAGACCAGUACAUUGAUGCCGAUCGACAACGAGAAGGCAUGAUCAUUCACAAGCUCCGGAACACGAAAACAGAUGAUGCAACAAGAGACAUUAUCGACCAAUCGCUACUCACUGUGGAACAUCACGGAGAUGUCUACGUAGAGGGUAUGCUCGAUCAUACCCGCAGUCUCAUGACGCGCAACGGUGUACCGCCCAUCCAUAUCGGUUUCAAACUCCAGCAGAUUCCGGAGGAUGGGGUUAUAGAGACCCCAGCCCAGUCGAGCAAACAAGCAGGCGUGGGCCACUACCAGACUUCAGCAGAGCUGAGGACGGCCUCCGCACAGAAGAUCUAUACAUACCAUGCAAAGGUCCAUUACCGUAUCGUGUUCAAAGAGGUAUGCAAGCCGCUUCGUGAAUACACCUCGCUUAAGGACGUCUUCGAUAUUCUGAUAAGUGGUUUACUUGGGCUGGCCGCUUUGCAUGAGCUUGGAUGGGUACAUCGUGACAUCAGCACAAGCAACCUUCUUGGCAUCACGGUGGAUGGAGUGGUGCGUUGCAAGCUGUCAGAUCUCGAAUAUGCAAAGUUGAUGGAUGAUCUUUUGGGUCACGAAAUACGAACCGGCACUAGAUCCUUCAUGGCAGUCGAAGUCUACGAUUUGGACUACUGGUUUACCUCGUCAAAACAGCAAAUGGCACAUGCCGGACGCCGCAAGCGACCUCCGAAACCAGCUGCUUCACGCCUUGCUAGGGUCACUUCCGUGAAGGGUGGAAAACGAGAAAAUAUCGUCAAGCCGGUCAGUCAUCGUAUCCCCACAACGCCCUUCCGGUACAAUCCACUCCAUGACCUGGAAUCCAUUUGGUGGGUGGCGAUAUAUUUUGUCUUCAACAAAUCGGUGGUCAAGGUUGGUGGCAAACCCCCAUCCAUGGAUACGUCGCAGCGUGGAAGCUACGACGCUCAGAAAAAAUACGCUGAGUUGUUGACCACGUCGUCGCGCGGCAGACUAAAAGCUUUAGCGCAUGAGACUGCCCUGGCGAAGAAAAUCACCCACUUACACGCUGCCGUGCGGAAGAUUGCUGGUGGGCUUAUCGAGAUCAAGGAGGAACUGGUCAAUUGUUAUUUAGAGGCUGAACAGCAGCUUGACUCAAUCCAUCACACAGUCGGACAGGACCUUCUCGACAAUGUCUUCAUAACAUGGUUCGCGGAUUUUCUCGGCGAUCUGCAGGAAGAGGACAUUGAGAUCGACAUCCUGCGCAAGGAUCCACGACAAGAGUUCGAGAAUCCAUUCGAGAUUGCCCAAGAUGAAUCUGAUCAGGGAUCUGUCGCCGAAGAUCCAGCUCGAGUGGCCAGUAACGGAACCACGGCCGCACAGGCGACUGCCAAGGGUGGUGCACAAGACGUAGUUGUCGAAGACCCUGACGCUGGACGAUCCGUUGACAAAGCUACCGGUUCAUCUGUCCCUCACAUCUCGACAGAGCCCCUUGUCGAAGGACGCUCUACUCGUCCGCAGCGCAAGCGUGCUCCUCCCGUCCGAUAUGGGUCAGAGUCCAAUGUGCAGAAGGGCACGACGCGCAAGACCGCGUCAUCGUCAUCAACUCUGACUACCACAACACAAGCUGCGACGGGCCAAUCAACCUCACGGACUACGUCGAACACUAAGGCAGCGACGAAGUCAAGCACGAAGGCAAAGACGGCGGCGAAGACGAAGACGAAGUAG